ACAUUCUUUUCUCCGACUACGACGUACCAUAAACAAUCGUACAGUCCCUGCCAUUGUACGAGUAUUUACGUGAAAGCUACGUAUUCACUUGUUUUCUGUCUUUCGAUUGAAAACGACGGAAAAGGAGCUAAGUGGGACUCGGAUUUUUCUGUGCAGACACGCGCGUUGUGGAAGUAGCUCAUCGGAUUGUUUUUUUCGUUCAAUCUUUCUCUCUCUCGAAGCCAUUGUUCAUUGUCAUUUUGAACCAACCGUCCAUCGGAACAAUGAGAAGGACCUCGAUUGGUAGCAGUGGUAGUGCUGGCGGUAGAAGCCUUGCGAGUGUGCUUAGCCACCGGAGUUGCGAUCCGGGGAGAGAAUCUUCUGUCUCUUUGGCGUCGCACCACGACAACGACAACGACAACAUCGACGAGAGAAGCAGGAGAUCUGCUUAUUCGUUCGAAAGCGGGAGUGUUCGCACUUUGACGAGUCGUGGCAAAUGUGCACCCUCCAGCAGCAGAGGCAGCAGCAGAAGGAAUCGAAGCCGUUCUAGUGGGAGACAAACGCGAACGCGAGUUGGUGUCGACGACGAGGACACAACCACCACCAGCGGCAACAGACGAGUCCUUUUGCAAAACCAGAGCAGUCCGGGGCAAAUUCCCGCCGCGGCAGCCGCUCCACUGGAACCAAGCCUUUGCGUCAUGUCGGUGGUCGAAGAAGGAUCUAAUAUAUCGUUUUGCUGCUACAACGAAGAUCGAAACGAAAUCACGACGGAAACCUGUGCGGCCGUGACUGGAUACGAGACAGAAUCCUUGGUGGAGCGCUUCUUGCAAGCGACGCGACCCAACAUGGUCUUGGUGGGGUAAGUACGAAAAUAAAGAGCAACGCAGGAAAUAUCGUUUUCAAAAAGCCAUUCCGAAGGAUAUUAUUAGUUGUUUUACACUCUAACAGUCGUAUUGUUUUGUCAAUUUUACAAUUCACAACUUGGUUCGUUCCCGAUAUAUUUUCCCUUCAAUGUCGGCUCCAAACCGACUACCGAAUAGAAAUCGGAUCGUCAACAACAUUCCUCUUCUUGAAAUGGUAACGCGACAACCUCAACCUCUUCUGGAAACCGAACAUGAGCAGCAGGGGCACCAUCACCGUCAAGAAGGAGGAAACCCCUCGCCUCGGUCUUCCAUUCCGUAUCGUCUGUUGAAAUCAGGAAUCUUUGACGUUCGUGCUUGCAGAAGUAUUAUUUUGCAAAAAUUGCAGGUGCUCUCCAUGCUCAAACAAAGAGCCAUGGACGAAGCACGACUAUCAGCAACCGCAGCAGCAAUGGGAAGGAGCGACAGUAGAUAUCGAAAUCACCCGGACAACGAUAGGCAUUUUCCCCGGGAUGGGUCAUCCACACAGACCCUUUAUCGCCCUUCCAGUUAUCAUUAUUUGGCAGCCGUCAUCGAUUUCGAUUCAAAGGUUCUGGUGCAAGCCCUGGGAGCUCUUUUGUCGUAUCUGCAGAAAACAGUCUUCCAACUCGAGGAAGGGAACACCAUCACCGUUAACAGGAUCAUCGAGGCUGGAAUAUCGUCGUAUUUGAUCCUUUCUCCGUCGACGUUUUCGGCGCUCAAUAUCUUUUCCACCGAACGCCAUCCACUCAUUGCCAAGGGACACGGGCAUUCCAAAGAAGGUUUUAGUCUAUACUCCUUGCUCGAUCGUACCAAGAGUAAGUGGGAACAGCGAAACGGAAAACUGUUCGCAAGGGUAUUUCCAACAAUCGACCAAUGACCACACGCAAUCCCAUAUCUUAGUGACCGAUUUAGACUUCGUUGUUCCGAACUCGCACGUUGACUAACAGCUCGACGUUCCUUUUGGUUGCCUUGUUUUUUCGUUUCCGUUUCGCUCCGUCCAAACAUUAACAACGGCGAUUCAACUUUUUGCUUUGUUAAAACAAACAACCAGGUCGAGGGGGGAAGCAAUUGUUGCGGGAGUGGAUGCUCAAGCCAUUGACCAAUCUGGAAAACAUACAGACACGCCAAGACGCUAUUGAACUAUUCCUGCAGCCAAGCAUGCAGGCAUCGGUUGGUGUUCUCAUCGGACUUUUGCAAAAGGUCGGUCCGGUGGACAAAAUCUUGAUGCGAAUCCAAAAAUGCACCGUCAAGCCAACUGAUUUCCUGGUCCUAACCACGACACUCUCCGCAGCUAUUUCGAUUGGCAACGUGCUCCGGAACGAUCUUCUGGCGUCAAUGAAUCAUACAACAGCUCCGCCACAACAGGGCCCCAACAGUUUCUCGUGUGAUCACCAGUACUCCUUCUUCUCGGAACUUUGUAUCGAGUGCAAUGUGGAAGUUAUGAUCGAUCUGAGGGAGCGCAUCACAAAUACCAUCGAUAGUGAACUAACCUUGGAGGAAAAGGGAGCCUCGGUCGUGAUUCGUCAUGGCUUUCACGAGCAGUUGGAUGGCUGGAAGGAACAAUACGAAUGUCUCGAAGAAACCCUGGCAGAAGCAGCAAAGGAUCUCUACCAUAAAUACGGUCAGCAGCUCGAUGGGCUGACAGUAAUAUUCAUACCACAGGUUGGAUACCUGGUAGGCUUAAACGAAACCCUUGUUCUUCGGACACUCAAAGACCCCACGUCCCCAUUGCCCCCAGACUUUGAACAGAUUUUUGUUCAAGACGGUGAGGUUUUUUUCAAAUGCGACGAGAUGAGAAGGAUGGACGAAGAAAUUGGUGACUUGGAUGGCUUGAUUAAAGACACAGAGCAAAUGAUCGUAACAGAGCUAGAGGAAAACAUCCUCGACACGGAAAACGAACUUCGAGAAUGCUUCAGGGCUUUGUCAACCUUGGAUUGUUUGCUUUCGUUCGCCGAUUGCGCUGCUGACUUGGGAUUCACUCGACCGCAGCUGAUUGACGACGAUGAAGAUCUUCAACCUCGAGGUCACCAGCAGCAACACCAUCCGCAACGGAAGCAGCUGAUAUACAUCCGUGACGGCCGUCAUCCGCUCCAAGAGAUUAUUUGCGACACCGAUUUCGUCAGCAACGAUGUCCAGAUUGAUGAUUCCAAGCAAAUAUUGUGCGUUACCGGACCGAAUUAUAGUGGAAAGAGCUGCUACAUGCGACAGGUUGGACUCCUCGUCUACAUGGCACACCUCGGAUCGUUUAUUCCGUGCACGCGAGCAAUGAUUUCCAUCACAGACCAAAUUUUCGCACGCGUCUCGACUAUCGAGACCUGCAGUAGACCCCAAUCGAGCUAUCAAUUGGAGCUCACCGAAAUGGCUGCCGUUCUUCUAAAGGCAACGCCAAAAUCGCUCGUCCUCGUCGAUGAAUUUGGAAAGGGGACCAACCCCGCGUCGGGAAUCGCAAUACUGGGGGCCGCUUUGAAAAGGCUUUCGACCAUCCGAUGCAAAACGGUAUGCGUAACCCAUUUUCUGGAGAUGUUUACCAUGAAUGUCAUCGAAGACGGCGAAGAGGGCAUUCAAGCUUCUCGAAUGACGAUUCAUUUGAAGGAAGGGGAAGAGGACGGUGCUUCGCCCUUGUUCAAGCUGGAAAAGGGUGUCGCCUCUUCGUCAGCCGGCCUUGUUUGUGCAAAGAAUGCCGGAGUGAGCCAUGCCGUCAUCGAUCGUGCCAAAGAAAUUAUCCAAACCAUGAGGGCGAGGAAAUUUAUUCGGCCGUUGCCAGAAGCAACAAAGCAAAUCCUGAAAUUGGUGGGAGUAGAACGGGAAAUGCUCGCGCAUUUUCUAUCAGUGGAUUCCUGGGAAAACGCCAGCGAUGACAGUAUCAUGGGUCUGCUGCAACUCUUAGCAAAAGUGAGCACUCAGGAAUAGUUCAUAUACCGGCGCGAAAUCCUUU